CCGAAAAGAAUGUAUGAAUUGUUGUGAAAGUAAAUUUUGAGGAAAUACCGAAGUCGGAACAAGUUCCUUGUUUCGCAAAAAACAAAUGGAAAGUGAAGUUGACAUACAGAAUCUUUGUCGCCUUUGUGGCGAAGGAAAAUCACGGUUGCACAACAUCGACGUUCUCGAAAAGGAUAAAAAAUAUCCGCUUGGAAAAAUUUUCGCUGACAUUCUCCGGAUAGAGCGAAAAUCCGGCGAUGGUCUGCCUAAAAGAAUUUGUAAACCUUGCACCUCCACGGUCCUUCAGGUUUACAAAAUUGUUGAACAAUUCCGAGACACUGAUGUACGACUUCGUGAACAUUUGCAGAGUAUUAUCGAAAGUGAGAAGGUUGACAUAAAACCGACUUCUUUGGUAGAAAUCGAUGAUAGUCAUAUGGAGGAUGAACUAGUCAUCGAGCCUCCUGAGAUUAAAAAAGAGGUAUCGGAAAAUUUAGAGCAAAACAACGAAGAUAAAGGUACCGGAGAUGUGGGUCCAACUCGGGAAAGAAUAAAUUCUCCAGUUGAAAAAAGGAAAUCCUCAAAGAAAUUAGAUAAAAAUACACCUCGAAAAAAGAAGCGCCCCCUGAGACUACGUCUUAGUCGCCGAGAUUUGAAACAUCCGGGUCGGCCUCGUUUGAAUGAUUUUAAAUGCUACAUCUGUAAAAGCGAAUCGUUAGGAUCGGGGCAAGCUCUGCUUACUCAUUUGCAUUCCCACUCCGACCUGUUACCAUACACAUGUACGGAUUGCGUGAUGGAAACGGUAGUCAUUGAGGGUGUCACGACGUUGAAUAUUCAUAGGCGUAUGCACGAAAACCCUUACAAAUGUAACCACUGCGAUCGACGGUACACGACGGAAGGUAAUUUAACUUUACACGUGCAAAAUUUUCAUCUUGCGCAAAGUGCUCGCUGUCCUUCCACUUGCGAAAUAUGUGGAAGAGUUUACUCUUCCAAACAUGCUCUGAAAAUGCAUCAAAUGAUUCACGUCCAUCCGAUGACUUGUGAACAGUGCGGAAAGGCUUUUUCCCAUCCGAACAAACUUAGACGGCACAUUGAAAUAGCUCACGAAGGAUUCAAGCGGUACCACUGUCAAUAUUGUCCUAAAACGCUACGUUCGCUGGACGGCAUUCAAUUUCACGUUGAAAGCAAACAUUCGGGAAUACAACUAAAAUGCUCGUAUUGCUCCAGAAAAUGCAGUUCCAAGCUGAUGCUUCGAAGUCACGAGAAGAAACACGAAGACGAUCCCAAUUACAAAGCUCCGCAAAGCUGGAAGGAGUACUACGUACAGCUGGACGGUGCCGAGGAAGGUUUCUGUCUGUGCAAAAUAUGCGGCGUAAAGGUGAAGGCCAUCGCUUGGCACAUGAGAAGUGCACACUUUCAGACGGACUACAACUGCGAAAUAUGCGGAGCGGUUUUUAAAAAAAAGCAAACCUACGACGGACACAUUCAGGCUCACAUCUUUGGCAAAGAAUUCCGGUGCAUCAUAUGCGGUAGAGGAUUUUCCACCAAAGACCUGCUGCUGACCCACCUCAAAACGAAGAAACACCGGGAUGACCCGAUGGCACAGGAUUUGGAGUGGCUGGAUGAUCUGGCGGAGGAAAUCAAAGAAAAACGAAAAAGUAUUUCGAUUGAAUCGGUACCGGACGGAAAUUCCGGUUCGGGUUCAUGUUGAUUCGAUAAAAAAGAAAUAUCUCCGAGCAGGGUGAGUAAGAAGGAAACGUAGCGAGGUGUCCGUUUCAUUCAUUGAGUGGCAAUUCGGAAAAGAGGUUUCUGAUUCAAGCUCUGAUGAACACUGACACGAAAUCGACCCAAUCGAAAUGUUUACCUAACAAAAGGUGAUAGUGGAGAAUAGAAAAACAGAAUGGCACUGUAGAAGAGUAAGAUUUCAUGCAGGUUUUCCACAUAUGGGAAGUUGCAAUAGACGUGGAUACACGUAUUUUUAAGUUAAAAUUUGUACUUUCAGCAUAAGGAGUAGAUUUAUAGCAUUUCAAAUACGGUAAUAACGCGAAAAAGGAAGGCUUUUUAAAAUCUGAAAAGUGCUUGGUUCAUUACUUUGAUCCAUAGACUGAAAGUUCAAAAUCGUGCAAAUUUUAGUUUUUUCAAAUUUAUAACAUUCCCAACCAGUAAUGAGCAAUGAAUAUUAUUUCUUUUAACAUUCGUUUAGCGCUUAUCGGUCAGCACGUUUAAUCGUAGCAAACAUUGCGAGCCGAUAGGGCCGUGAUAGCUCCGUAGAGUAUAGUGAACAAAUGAGCUAAAUUCUGUGAGCGAAGCAUAAAUCGCUACACAUUCCAUAUCGUACUGAAACUUUUGAAGAUAGUUUUUUUAAGUUCUGUAUCUUUUGUGCAUGUUACAAAUAUAAUAUUUAUUUUUUUGUUAUAAUUUUUCUUUAAAUACUUUAUUAGUACUACUACUAUCGUUAUUAUUUUUAUACUAAUAAAUUUUUUGCCAGGUACUUUCUUUUAUUUUUGUUUUUUGCUUCUUGUGAUCCAAACAAAAUUUAAAUUCUUUACAAAUUGAUUGAUAUGAUACCGGAUAUGAUAGAUGAAAGUUCAGUUGAAUUUCAGUGAUUUCCGUUUUGCAUCGACUACCUUUGAGCAGGUUUGGUCUUUGCCAAAAAAUACCCUUGAAAUAAGCAAACGAUCGCUGACAUGAAAAGUUUCAUUCAUUCCAAUUAAGACGCUCGAAGCAACCGGGCACUAGAAAUAUAUUCACCCUUAUUCUGAAUAACUACGUAUUGAUUUUUCGAUCGAACGUGGUUGGAUCGAAUCCUAGCUACCUUUGAUUUUGCUAGCGUUAUCGGGAAUACUAGAGUGCCUAUAACCAGAGUGACGACAUCUCAUCCGUAAUUUUGGCAACAAUUCAAAAUAUUCCAUUAGCUGUACAUUGCAUUGACAGGUCGUUUGCUCGUUUGGAACUGGGAGCUGUCAUUCCAAACGAACAGCUGUCGCCACUCUGAUUAUAGUCACUCUAGGGAAUACAAAUGAAAUACAGUCGUAAAAUCGAUACGACGAUAUUUAUAAUAAGGGCGAUUGUUCUCUACGUUACCAGUUUUUAUCCUUUAUUCCGACCGGUCAUUUCAUAAGGUUAUGGGCUCUUCAGUGAAAGACGGUGCUGGAAUCACACAGCUGAACGGAAGCACUUCUGACUUGACAGAAACUUAGUUUUAUCCUUCCGCUCAACGAAAAUGGUUGUGUAUACGCUUGAGGAACGCGUGAAAAUAGUGCAGUUUUACUUUGAAAAUCAUGGUAAUGUUGCGGCAUGUGUGCGCCAAAAAAUCAUCUUCUCGGAUGAGGCACAUUUUCAUCUCGGCGGGUAUGUUAGUAAGCAAAAUUGUCGCAUCUGGGGGACGGAAAACCCGGACGUUAUCAUGGAGAAGCCGAUGCAUCCUCAGAGAGCGACGGUUUGGUGCGGAUUUUGGUCUGGCGGCAUCAUUGGGCCAUUUUUCUUCGAAAAUGAGGCAGGAGCCGCCGCCACGGCCAAUGGCGAGCGCUACCGCGCCAUAAUUAGCGAUUUCUUCUUCCCGUUACUUGAAGAGUAAGACUUGGACACCAUUUGGUUCCAACGAGACGGCGAUCCGUGCCACACAACCAACGCUACGAUCGAUACGAGCUGUGAUUUGACGCCGUUAGACUAUUAUCUUUGGGGGGCUGUCAAAGAUAAGUGUUAUGUGGACAAGCCAGAGACAAUUCAAGCCUUGAAGAACAACAUUCGUGCAGCCAUAGCUGAAAUAAAGCUGCAUACAAUCGAAAAUGUACUAAAAAACUGGACCGAUCGUAUAUCGUACUGCAAGGACAGCCGAGACAGCCAUUUGAAUGAAAUUAUAUUCCACAAUUAACAGGAAGGAUCUUACUUUAAUAUGAAAAAAUAAAUUUUGAAAUCGGAUGAACCGUUUGUGUUUUAUUGCAUGUUUAAAACAAAAGUUACAUGGCGGACCCUUUAUGAAAACUGGCGGUUUCGAGUUAAGCUCUUUCUGGAAGCUACAAGAAACAAGUUCUUGAAGAUGGACUGAAAAGCGAAAGCGUAGUCGGCAACGAGUGCCUGGGAAUCGUCUGGGAAAAAGAAAAAGCUCAAGCAAGGGUGGAAGGUGUUGGAAGACACUUUUGCAAAGAAAUCUGUGGAAAUUUGUACUAUGUCCUGAAGCAGUGAAGUCGUUGAAGUGUGAAUGGGUUUUCCGUAUCACGGAAAAUGAACGUGGAAACGUGAUUAGGCGCCAAAGCGAGACUGGUCGUGAAAGUGUACCUACAGGACCCUAAUAUUGACUAUGAAGAAACGUCUGCGCCGGUUUUGAAAGUGUCUACCAUUUGGAGUUCAACAGGGCUGUACAUUCCACCAAAUGGAUGUUAGGACGACGUUUCUGCAUGACGAGCUGCGUGAGGAAAUCUGCAUGGAUAUUCCUGUGGACAUGAAAACUCCUCCUAGAACGGUAUGUCGUUUACAGAAAUCGUUGUACGAGCUAAAGCAGUCUCCUCGCUGCUGGAACGAUAAGUUCAACAAUGGCACUUUGAAACUGGGAUUCGUGCGAUCUAAACACGACUACUGUCUAUACACUUGGUGCAGUAAAGAUGGAGCUGAUGCGAUUUAUCUUGUGCUGUAUGUAGACGGUCUGAUGAUAUCCGGUCGAAAACUCGAAACAGUUUUGGCUUUGAUUAAAAAGCUGCCUGACGUUUUUGCGAUGACGGAUUGCGGCAAAAUGAAAGCAUUUUCUGGGCAUCAAGAUGAGCUACGAUCAAUGAGGCUUGACAGACUGUAACUCGUCAACGAUCCCUACGGAGAAGAACAUAAAACUGGAAUCAACGAAUGGGCGAGCCCAUUAUGAAACCAUAUCGUGAACUUCUGGGAAGUCUCAUGUACAUUAUGAUGUCGACUCGACCUGAUAUCUGCUACCAGGUUGGGUCCUGGCGAACCCCAUUGGACCGCGUUGAAGCGGAUUGUCCGUUACCUUAAAGGUACCACGGACUUGGCGUUGAAAAAGUCUGGAGUGCAAUUUUGUUCGAGACCAUGUACUCUCUGGAAGAUUGUCGAUUGAAUCCAUAAAAGUACGAAUAAUCAGUUGGAGAACUGCGAAAGAAGCUGGGAGUAAGCAAUCGAGAGGGGAUGUAAGCGUAUUUGGAGAAACUGUGCCUUGCUCAUACGGCCAUUUCAAAAAUCAAUCGAGAUAUGUCAAAACUUGAGUAAAAUUCACUCUAGCUAUAAGUUCUCUCGCACUUGAUCAUAUAUUAGAGUAAACGAGUGUUCGAACAUUUUAGCGUUGUGCUGCUCAGUGCGUUGCCAUUCUCAAAACAUCAUCAAAAUCAAAGUACAUUCAGGCGGAGUAGAUAGCUUUUUGGAAGAAAACAUUGUUCACCUUCUCAUAACACCAUGUUGCUCGAUAAUGAUAGUAAUUACAUUUAGCAAUAAACUAAAGUUUACCAGAAUAUAAAUAUUACCUUGCACAUCCAGAACAUAAUUCUCAAGUAUCAUUUGAAUUUCAUCAUUAGCUGCGAAUUGACUAAUACCGUUUUCGCUUAUUGAUCAGAGCAGUCCGAGAUGUGACCCAGAGUCGCCCAAACAACUUUUGAGAUGUUUGUUUUAGCAACCUGGGGUCGCUCUAGAUCGGACUCCAAUCGCGUAGUUUCGCUCUGAAAAUUUUCUCGGGUCGCAUUACGCAUUAUGCAUUCAUGCGAGUUUGUUUAUUUUUUCUUUUUUCAUGAGUUGUUGUUCAGGGCGCGUACUACGUGUUCGUUUUACUCGGAGUCAGAGUCACCCGCGUGUAGGUUCUAAAACGAAAACGGUAUAAGCAAAAUCGAGCCCCUUAUCGAAAUGUUAGAUUAAUUACAAGAAAUGUAUUUGGUUAUUGUUCUGAGCAAAGCAGCAUUCCAUUGAAAAUGAAAUAUCACAGGUUUAUGUAAGAAUUGGUCGUUUAUAUUAUUUUCCCUUUGAGAACAACACAAAGUUGUAGGACAUAAAUAAAAGCCAAUUUCGUCAUUUUUUUUUUGAUUUCAUGCAGUAGGGUAACAGAGGUAUUUUGGUCACUUCAUAUAUUUCGGCCCACCUUUGGCACAAACUUUAGGGAUUUAACCGAUGUUAAGUAACCCAUGUUGCAUCAAUUUGAAGCUAAUCACAUUCAAUUACCUAUUGCGGAAGGCUUUUUCAAAGAUAUUCCAAUAUUUGGUGGAUAUUUUAACAAAGUGGGCAAAAAUAAAAUAAAUUCUAAAGUUGGCCAAAAUACCUCUGUUACCCUAUUUCAUUUUUACUAUUUUUUUUAUAACUUUCGUAGUGUUCCAAGAAUAUUUUAGAAGUCAUCCAUCCAUGAAGUAUUUUAAAAACUCUCAAUUUCGGAUAUUCGGUCUUACCAACUAGUGUAACAUUUCAUUUUUCCACGUGUGACUGAAUAAGUACUGAAUAAGGGUUAACUAACACGUGUUACGGUAUAUGGAAAAUAUUUUAAUUAAUAAUUUUAAUAACGUUUUAUUGAUUUUUCCGAAGAUGAAUCUGUUCAGCCAUAUUUAAAUUUAAAUGAAAAAGAAUCUUGCUCAAUGCCUGCUGUUAUUGAAUUACUGUAAGAAAGAAAGGACUACCAUUUCGUAAACAAAUUUAAUACAUACCAUAUUUUCCAGUGAACUAAUAAAAUAUUAUUAAAACGACAUUCAUAAUGAUCAAAUAAGCUGUUGGUGUAUCGGGUAAAUAUUUGUGAGCCUAGCAAAUAUAAAUUUAUAACAUUUA